AUGAAUGACAACCACUACAGCCUGCCUGAGUCCCGACUUCGUCCCGUCUUUGCCACCCUCUGCGGCCUCAUCCUGCUGGUAGGGCUGCUGGCCAAUGGGCUGAUGCUGAUUAUCUUGGGCAGGGGUUCUGGCUCGAGGGGCCAGGCCCCGGGCCCUCUCCUGGCUCUGACCAAUAGCCUCAUGGUGAACAUCACUCUCUCAGAUCUGGUCUUCCUGGUUUAUGUGGUCCCCGUUCUGCUGUUGACCUUCCUCCAGGAGGACUGGUGGCUGGGCCCCUCCGUCUGUACCACCAGCCAGAGCUUCAACAUGGGCACCAUGUUCUGCACCUUCUACAGCAUGGUGGCCACUGCCCUCCUACGCCAUGCCGCCGUGGCCUUCCCCGCCGUGGCCUUCCCAGCUGGCAGGGGAGCUCAGCUAUUGCUCUGCUUGACCAUGUGGAUCUUGGGUUUCUCUGUGUCUCUGCCCAACUGGCUGUACCAGAAAGUGGUGGAAGAGGUGAAGGAAGUCGGGGAGGAGGCGGCUGUGGGAACAGAAUCCAAGCUCAUCCACUCCUGCCUGAUGCUCCUGGGCCCUGCACAGACCUCCUGCUAUUUCACCCUCCUCGGGGCCCUGGCCUUCCUGCCUUUUGCUCUGAUGCUGGUGCUUAGUUUCACUCACCUGGGUUGGCUCUUAUGGAGCGGGGAGUGGCUCCAGGUCCCACGGGAUGUCCGACAGCACCGAGAAGCCACAGGCCUCAUCCUGGUGGUGCUGGUUGUCUUUGUACUGAUGUGGGGACCCUGUUCUGUGCUGGGCUACGUGGCUGCCUCAGGGGACCUUCCUGAUACCUUCACGGUCUUUGUGGCCACCAGCCUCUGUACCAUCCUGGCCUAUUCCAAUUGUGCCGUCAGCCCAAUUCUUUGUUUCUGCCUCUCAAGACAGUUCCAGGCAGGGCUCAAGGACCUCUUCUGCUGCUCCACUCAGGAAAGGGCAGUCCUAAGACAUGGUGGGAUGGUGCAAGAUGUCCAGGGAGGUGAAAGUGGGAGGGUGGGAGCCCCAGGGAGCCUAUGGGGGACUCCUGCCUGA